AUGCCGGAGGGGAUAAUGUCACAGUUCAGCCACUGGGGGAGGGAUCGGCACAUUCUGUCCGUAACUGCGCCCUUGUUUCGUUCAGCUUCCAGGGCGCAGCCGGUGCUGACACAGCCGGCCUCCAUUUUAGUGUUUCCGGGACAAACGGUGAAACUCUCGUGUGCUCUGAAUCCUGGGUACAACAUCCGGGAGUUCGGGGUCUCCUGGUACCAGCAGAGACCUGGCAGCCCUCCGAGGUACCUGCUCUAUUACAACUCGGAGGUGGACAAGGACAAGCCCUCUGGGAUUCCGGACCGCUUCUCUGCGUCCAAAGACCCCGCCAGCAACGCCUGCGUUCUGACCAUCGCCGCGGUCCAGGCUGAGGACCACGCUGACUAUUACUGCUCCAUCAGGUAUCCCAUCUACUAUCUCUAG